AUGUCAUGUUGUGUUCCAGAGAUGGCCCACGAGAGUGCGAGCGGCGCGGAGGGGUCCCCGCAGCACACGCCGUCGCCGCCGCACGCCUCCCGCCUGCCCGACGCCAUCCACCACCAGAUCAUGCAGAGUCAGAGGCCGAGAACGAACCAUAUAGCGGAGAGAGCGAAACAAACAUUAGAGAAUAAUUUCCUGCUGCAACUGAAAAAGCAGCAGCAGCUGCAGCAAGAGAUCUUGUUGCAGCACUUCCAGCAGCAGCGGCAACAGCUCGCCGAGCAGCAUGAGCAACAGAUCAGACAUCACCUGAAGUUGUGGGAGCAGCAGAAGGCGAUGGAGGAGGCGGCGCUGAGGGAGGCGCGGGAGGCGAGGGAGGCGCGGGAGGCCAGGGAGAGGCACGAGAGGGACCGCGUCGAGCUCAUGAGGAAGAAGGACAAGCACGAGCACAGCGCGAACGCCUCCACGCAGGUCAAGCAGAAGUUACAGGAGUUCCUGAAGAAGAAACAAGCAGCCGCCAGCGCCAACGGAACCGUGCCCGGCUCGCCCUACAGAAACUGGGGUAUAGUGAAGUCCUCGUCGGGCGAGUCCAUCACGUCGACCAGCGCGGUGUCCGGCGUGCACCCCUACCGGCUGUCGGCCGCGCCCCUCCCCCUCGCCCCCGCCGCCGCCGCCCCGCAACCCUCUCCGGCGGACUUCCCGCUCCGGAAGACAGCCUCGGAGCCCAACAUGCUGAAGGUGAGGCUGAAGGCGCGGGUCAUCGAGCGCCGCGCCUCGCCCCUCGCGCGCCGCCCGCUCAAGACACGCAUCAAGCACCGCAACUGCGAGGGCGGCUCCCCCCGCGGCUCCCCGCCCGGCUCGCUGGCGGCUCCCAUCCGCGAGGAGGAGGAGGGCCGCGCCAACGAGCUUCUGUUCUCGUCGCCCUCUCUACCCAACAUCUCCCUGGGCCGGCCGCACGCCGCGCCGCGUCACGUGCCGCCCGCGCACGUCCCCCACGUGGGCCCGGCGCCCCCCGCCGUCCUGCCGCCCGUGUCGGAGGCGGAGGCCUACAGCGGCGCGGCGGCCCUCGGAGCUCGUCUCGCCAAGCGGCCGCUCGGCCGGACACACUCGGCGCCCCUGCCGCUGGGUGACCCCGCGCUGGCUCCUCACACGCACCCUCACCCGCCCUCCGCGCACCACUACCUGCGGGAUCAGAUCCGGAAGACGGUGCUGACGAGGGCGCACGACGCGGCCGCGGCUCAGCUGCGGGAGGAGGAGGGCGAGGUCAUCGACCUGACGUCCCGCCGCCCGCCUUCCCCGAGCGCCCCGCCCGCCCCCGCGCCGGCCCUGGGCGCCGCGCCGCUGGCCCGCGCGCUCAGCUCCCCGCUGGUGGGCGCGCGCCCGCCCGCCACCGGCCUCGCAUACGACGCGCUCAUGCUUAAACAUGGAUGCGCGUGCGGCGCCCACGCGCCCACGCACCCCGAGCACGGCGGUCGGCUGCAGUCGGUGUGGGCGCGGCUGUGCGAGACGGGGCUGGCGGCGCGCACCGAGAGGACGCGCGCGAGGAAGGCCACGCUCGAGGAGCUGCAGUCGGUGCACGGGGAGGCGCACGUGGCGGCCUGGGCGGGGCGCGGCCGACCGGGCGCGGGGGACGGGCGGGCCGUGCGCCUCGUGCGGCUGGCCUGUGGCGGCCUGGGGGUGGACGCCGACACGGCCUUCAGCGACGCGCACACGCCGCCCGCCGCCAGGCUGGCCGCCGGCGCGCUCAUAGACCUCGCCACGCGGACCGCCACCAACGAGCUGAGGAACGGGUUCGCGAUAGUCCGUCCUCCGGGUCACCACGCGGAGCCCAACCAGGCCAUGGGCUUCUGCUUCUUCAACAACGUGGCGAUCGCCGCGCGCAUCCUGCACACGCGGCUCGGCCUGCAAAGGAUACUCAUAGUGGACUGGGACGUGCACCACGGGAACGGCACGCAGCAGAUCUUCUACGAGGACCCUCACGUGCUGUACAUCUCGCUCCACCGACACGACGACGGGAACUUCUUCCCGGGCACGGGCGCGGCCAGCGAGUGCGGCGCCGGGCCCGGCCUGGGGUACACCGUGAACGUGGCGUGGCCCGGCGCGCCGCCGCUGGCCGACGCGGAGUACCUGGCCGCCUUCCGCACCCUCGUCAUGCCCAUAGCCAAGGAGUACGACCCCGAGCUGGUGCUGGUGUCGUGCGGCUUCGACGCGGCCGCCGGUCACCCCGCGCCCAUGGGCGGCUACAACGUGUCGGCGGCCUGCUUCGCUCACAUGACUCGCGAGCUGAUGUCGCUGGCGGGCGGGAAGGUGGUGCUGUCGCUGGAGGGCGGCUACGACCUGGCCGCCAUGUGCGACUGUGCGCAGGAGUGCGUGCGUGCGCUGCUGGGAGAACGCCUCGCCGCGCCCUCGCUGUCCGAGCUGGCCCGAGCCCCCGCGCCCCACGCUCAGGCCGCCCUUAGGACGGCUCUCGCGGCGCAGGCUCCUCACUGGCCCGUGUUGAAGCGGUACAGUUCAUUGAUCGGCGUGUCGGCCCUGGAGGCGGGCCCGAGCGCGCUGGCUCGCCGCGGGCGGGCGCACGCUCAGCGCGACGACGACACCGCGGCCGCCAUGGCCACGCUGUCCAUGCAGCACGCGCACCGCUCGCUGGCGCCGCCGCCGCAGACCCAGCCGCUGGCCCUCGACCGGUCGGCGGACAGCUCCCGCUCGGUGUCGGAGGAGCCCAUGGAGCAGGACGAGGUGAAGUGA